AUGUCGCGCACUCGGGCUGAAGGCGUUAUAAGAAGCAUCAUCCGGGAAAUCGCGCAGUCGUGCUCAAGCAGAGGACAGGCUCUGUCCGAGACGCUCAUCGCCUUCACGGUCAAAGCUGUCGUGCUGGACCCCCGGAACCGCUUUAACGCGGACAGGACUCUGACGAAGCAAGACGUGCAGAAACUCAUACAGCUGUGUGUGGACAGACUGAUGGACCAGACGAGUCCCACGCUGAACACCAUUAAGAUGCAGGUUUACUUCGACAUGAACUACACAUCUCGACGUGAGUUUCUGGAGGUUCAGCAGAAGGUCCUGCGUUCCCAUUUGCCGUCGCUGAGCAGAGAGAUCACAGACUCUCGAGCCAAGACCAGAGAGGACCUCAAGAACCUGUACGGCAAAAUAGUCAGCUAUGUCAUCCAGCGCUGCAACCUCGGCUCGGCCACAGACAUCAACACCGUGAGAGAAACCACAGCGGCUCUGCAGAGCAUCUUUCCUCAGGCUCAGCUGGCCACCUUCAUGUCUCUGCUGAAACAAGACAAAGAGCAGCAGCUGAGCGAGCUCUCUCUGAUCGUCAGCGGCAUACGCCUCUUCAACAAGGACAGCAGGAAAGGAGGAGAGGGCAUCCAGAACCUGCCAGCUGUUCUGAACGAGACGCUGCCGGCCGCGGCCGCAGAUAUAGAGAGUGAACUGGCGGGAUGUGAGCGCUGGGCCUGGCAGUACACGGCCCUGCUGGAGAAGACCUGUGAGCGCACUGAGUGCCCCGUCCACCCUGACCUGCUCAAACAGGCUCUGUACAACACACGACAGCACGAGGCCUUCCUCAGACUCAUACUGGCGGACAUCAUCCAGAGUGCGAAGGAAGUGACACGGUUACAGUCUGAUCUAAAGACUCGAAUGACGCUCCUGAAGGACACCGUGCACACCAAGACCACAGUGCCGACAUCGCAUGUUGGACUUUUACUGCCAGGCAAUCAAAAGAUCGGCGUCCUAAAGCACAAGGAGAAACACUACGCUUUCAGCUCCAAGAGCGCUGCAUACGAGUUCGCCUCCAAAGCAGAUGAGUUUAUAGCUGCUGCGGUGGAGACGGCGAAGAGACAGCCGGAGCUCAUCCAGCUGCUGCAGCUGCAUCAGGAGUUCGCCAGCGUGACGCCCUACUCUGAGAUGCAGUCAGGAGAGAAGCUGCUGGUGAAAACCAUCUCUAAAAGUGACGCCAGCAUGCAGACAGAGACACACCCUCUGGAGACCAACAUUGUGAAGUCCUAUGAGUGGAACGAGUGGGAGCUCCGAAGAAAAGCCAUUAAACUGGCCAAUCUGCAGAAUAAAGUCACACGCUCGAUGCAGACGCACUCGAGUCACAUGAGACGACACAACAGCACACAGACGUUCCUCCCUAAAGACGCCGCCAGCCAGACGAAGCGGGACGGAGAGAGUAACGUACCCAAAGCACAGGUGUACCUGUCGGGACUGAGAGGAGGAACAAACAUGAUGAAGCUGGAUCUGACCAGAGCUGUUGAUGAGUGACCGGCACACUCAGUAAACUCUGAAAGCAAACUGUGUGAAUGUGUCAGUCUGCUUCAGGACACGCCUCUGCAUCUCAAGGUCUUUCCUGAACACAGGACGAGAUCUUUAGAAGAAUGGCUUUCAUUAUAUCUGAGACUUUUCUCACUAUAUCUUCUAUGUUGACAGAAGGUUCGUUUUUGAGUGAAUCUCUUUCAGUUGCAUUAACUCGUUCUACAAUUAAUCCCAGUUAACCACUUCCUACACCCACAAAGCUCGUGUCCGUUCAGGUGGACGCACUUCAUUGUGUGAAAUGAUGAGUUA